CCUACAGCAAUGUACACAACUGCAUCCGUCCUCUUCAAGACCUUCGCCGAUGCCGGAAUCACGCACGCCUUCGUAAACUGGGGAAACGACCACCCCGCCUUCCUAGAAGAGCUCGAACGCGAGCGCGUGGAGAGCGGGAAGACCGUCGUCGAGAUCGUUACCUGCCCCCACGAGAUGGUCGCGCUGAGCGCCGCGCAGGGGUACGCGCAGGUCACUGGCAAACCGGCCGCCGUGAUCGUGCACGUCGACGUCGGCACACAGGGUCUGGCGGGCGCAGUCCACAACGUGGACAGGGGCCAUACCCCCGUGUUGAUCUUCGCGGGUGCGGCACCGCAGUCCUCGGAUCAGCGCCUGAAGGGCACGAAGAAUGAAUGGCCGAUGUGGCUGCAAGAUGUCCCAGACCAGCCGUCGAUUGUCCGCCAAUACAUGCGAUACACGGUGCAGAUACAGAGCGGAAAGAACGCUGGGAAGAUGGUGAUGCGUGCUCUCCAAAUUGCGAACAGCGAACCGAAGGGCCCCGUUUACCUUUGGGCACGUCGUGAGACCACCGAAGAGGAGGUGGACCCUUCGAUCGUGGAAGAGAAACUCGACGUCACGCGAUGGCCUGCCGUGCAGGGUCCGGGCCUGUCUCCUGCAGCGACCAACUCAAUUGUGGAUGCGCUCCUCGAAGCGAGGUUUCCCCUCAUCAUCGCAGCGAACUCCGGUCGGAACCCGAAGACGGUUCCGCUCCUCUCGACGCUGUCGACCCUGCUCGCCAUUGGUGUGUUCACAUCAUGCCCCUCGGCCGUUUGUAUCCCGUGGACGCACCCCAAUUAUAUCGGACUCUCGUUCGGAGGCAAGAACGACUUACUCGAUCACGCGGACGUAAUCAUCGUUCUGGAAGCCGACGUUCCAUGGGUCGACUCCAAGGGCAACAAACCCCUCGACGACGCGCGUGUCUUCGUGAUCGAUGCGGACCCUCUCAAGACCACGUUUGGCUGGUCACACGUCGACGCUGAGCUGCUGUGCAGGGCGGACCCCGAAGUUGCUCUUUCCCAGCUCAUUGAGGCGAUCGAGGGUCCAGGUGGCCAACGUCUCGCAGCUGAAAAGCUUUCUACCCGCCAAGCGCGUCUAGAAGAGCUUCGGUCGGCGUGGACAAACUCCCAGGAGACGGCGGAGCGCGUCAAGUCUCUCGCUGCUGACCAGACCACGCCGACCGUGCCCUACCUCCUCACCACCCUGCGCAGCGCGGUGGCCUCCCAAACUCCCAGCAAGGGCGAGAAGACACUCUGGAUCAACGAGGCGAUCAGCAACUACCCACUCACGUGGAGCCACCUGCGGCCGGAGCACCCUGGGAGCAUGAUCGCCUCGGGGGCAUCCAGCCUGGGGUACGCACUCGGGGCGGCCGUCGGGGCGUCCCUCGGUGGCCUCGUCGCGCGGAAGGAGUACGACUUAAUCACCGCCGUCGUGGGAGACGGCGUGUUCCUCUUCAGCGUGCCCGCGAGCGCGUACUGGAUGGCGCGGCGGUACAACACGCCCUUCCUCACGGUCGUCCUGAACAACGGCGGGUGGUUUUCCCCGAAGUUCUCGAUGAUGGGAGUGUACCCGGAGGGCCUGGGGAGCACGGCGUCCGGCCAGCAGCUCACGGUGGGCUUUGGCCCUGAUAUGCCCGAUUACUCCCAGAUCGCGGUGGCCGCCGGUGGGGCGUGGGGCAGGCGCGUCGAGAGGGCGGACGAGCUGCAGAGCGUUCUGGAGGAGGCGGUCAGGGUCGUCGUUCAGGAGAAACGCUCGGCGGUCGUAGACUGCAUCAUUCAGUCAAUUUGAGGUACGUGUGAGGGAGGAAGAGUACGAAGGUAGGCACACAGCGCUGCUGGUGGUCCGGUUACGUGUACAAUGUAGGGAAGGAAGGCAUAUUGCGAGGAAUAUAGUAA